CCAUGUGGAGAUUUUCACACUUUAAAAACUGUGCUUUAGAAUGUGCGCUCAGCACUGACCUAGGAACGCGGCGCUAAACAUUUCUAAAUGCGAAUAAUGGUAAAUCCAACGGGCUUUCAUAUGGUCGGAGAACGUGAUUCGUUCUUAGAGAUGGCUGUGCAGGUUUAUUAAUAUCCGUAACAGGAACACACCUUAUCUUACACCAUGAAGUAAUUACUUCGUGUCUUACCGGUCUUACCAUUGACUUUCUUUAUAAGCCUAUGUGUCUUACACCAUGCAAGGCAUUUUCGAAUCUAAUCUAAUCGAAUGGAUUAGUAGGGUUCUGUCCGCUAGAUGGCGACAGCAUUACGAGUCAGAAUAGCGCUCAGAAGCAAUAAGGGUCACAAUCUGAUUGGCGCUUAGUAAUCAGGGUCCAAUGUAAUUGGUGCUUUAUGGCACUUUUGCUGAAGUAACGUCAUUUUAAUUUUCCCUUUAUAGUCACGCCUCUACUCUUAAUAUGUUCGACAAGUUAUACGAUACCGCAUGCAAUUUAUCGAUUACAUUCCGAUAAUUUAAGGAUCCACUGGUCUUCCUGAUCUAGAAAUGUCAACAUCCCUCGUGCGUAAGAGUCUAGAAAUUUUGGGCUGUGACGACGACGACGUGAAACGAGGCAGAAAGAAAAGGGCGAAAAAAAGCGAAGGCGUUCUGGACUUGAUUCCAGCAAAUCAGAGGAUACAUAACAACAAGAAGGGUAAAAAAGAACAAAAUAUUUAUCCAAGUCGGUCUAAAAAGAUUGGGAUUAAAGAGGCAAAGCUCAGACUGAGCACGAAGAUUGAUGAGACAGAUAAAAAUAUCGAGAGGCUACUUCUGCUUAGCGGUAAUCGCAUCGAUCCUGAGACUUCGGAAAAGCUUUUGAAACGGGCUUUGAAGAGACGUUAUGUUCUGAAAGAAACUGAGCCUGCAGAGUCUGAGCAAACUGCGUUCACCGAAGAAGACUUCAAACAGUUUGAGAAGGAGUAUCAAGUAGCAUAACUGCAAUAAGCCGUCUGUU